ACUUUAAAAUCAUCCAUACAAUACAUCAAUUCUUUCGAAUCAAGAAGAUCAGCCUAAGAAAAUUCCACUGCAUCCAGUAUGACAGAUAUCACGACUUGCUUUCCCAAGGACGAUCCCGUACCACACGAGGCACCAUCUCUUUCGACAGAACCACUAGCAAUUAUCGGUGUCGCUUGUCGAUUUGCUGGAGAUGCAACAGAUUGUGGAAAUUUGUGGAAAUUCUUGUCAGAAGGAAGAUCUGCUGUGGGCACUGUACCUGAGAAUCGAUUCAAGGUUGCAAGUUACUACCAUCCAGAUCCAGAACAUGGUGGAACUACUUGCACAACUCGUGGCUAUUUUUUGAAAGACAACAUAUACUCGUUCGAUACAUCUUUUUUCAAGUUGCCAGAGAACGAUAUCACAGCAAUGGACCCCCAGCAAAAGCUUCUCUUGGAAAACGUCUAUCAUGCUCUUGAAAAUGCUUUUCUUCAGUUAACGAACCUUGGCGUACUCUCGCCUGACGGUCAAUGCUUUAGUUUUGAUCAUCGUGCAAAUGGUUAUGGUCGUGGUGAAGGCGUUAGCACCCUCAUUGUAAAACCACUCAGCUCCGCAAUUCAGGAUGGAAACGUUAUUCGCGCAAUCGUUCGUGCAACGGGAACGAGUCACGAUGGCAAGACUCCAGGAAUUACACUACCAAGUCAGACAGCGCAGGCUGCUCUGAUUCGAAGUGUCUAUGCUAGUGCACAUCUAGACAUGGAUCAGACAGCGUAUGUUGAAGCACACGGUACCGGAACUCAGGUCGGGGAUCCCUUGGAGAUCGAGGGCAUUGUAUCUGCCUUUGAAACCAGAGCAAGGCAACGACCACUUUAUAUCGGAUCAAUCAAGGCAGGUCUAGGCCACCUAGAGGGGGGCGCUGGGCUAGCUGGGUUGGUCAAAGCUGUUCUCAUGCUGGAACAGCAGGCGAUUCCACCAGCUGUAAACUUGGAGAAAGUUAAUCCUAAUAUACCGACAGAUGCAAACAUUCAAUUUGCAAAGCACCAAAUUCCCUGGCCUUGCACAGGAGUCCGUCGAGUAUCGAUUAACUCGUUUGGGUUUGGGGGUACUAAUGCACAUGUGGUGCUCGACGACGCCGACAAUUACAGGAACUCAUCAACCCGAACGAGGAACGAUGAUAUUCUCGAAAGUGAAGAUACCAUUCCGAGUAUCAUUGAAUCAAAAGAAACAGAGGAUGGAGGAAAACCACUUGUAUUUGUCCUUUCUGCCUCUGACGAACAGGAUCUUCGAAAAGCCUCCGAAAAGCUUGCGACCCAUAUUAGGUCUGUUAUAGGGUCCGAAAACAUACGCUCAGAGACCCAAUACCUCAAAGAUCUUGCUUUCACUCUUUCGGAGAAACGUUCGGCGCUCAGAUGGAGAUCUUCCUUUGUCGCCAGCUCCUUAACAGAGUUGAGUUCUCGACUUACCGCUAAGAGUCACUCUGCCUUCCGUUCUGCCCUGAAAGAGGAACGGAUCGCAUUCGUCUUUACUGGCCAGGGAGCACAGUGGUUAGGCAUGGGUUCAAGUUUGAUGAUCUAUCCCGGCUUUAGAAAGAGCAUCGAAGAUGCGUCCUCUUAUAUGAAAAGACUCGAUGUAUUUGAAGGACGCAAUGAAGAUCUUGACAUCAAUCAUCCAUUGCUGUCACAGUCCGCAGAUGCAAUGGGCGCUUUAUAUUGCCGUGGCUACCCCGUAAUUCUGUCUGCAGUCAAUUUCCCGUUGUCUGCUUCAGGCUUCAUGCCUUCAACCAUGUUGAAUGAUCUACCGCCAUAUUGUUUCAACCACGAGAAGAUGAACAAAAAGAUAAUCUUCCCAGGCGUGGGCUACUUGCUCGCUGCUAUAGAAGCAGCAAAGCAAGUUGCGGAUCCAGCUCGUCGCGCUUCGGGAUUUCGGUUGCGUGACGUUUCGAUGACCGCCGCAUUGGUCGUCCCAGACACAAGCGAAGGAAUUGAAACAAUGCUUAGCUUUCAGAAAGAGGAUGUCAAUAGCUCUGACUCUCAACCUUGGAGGUUUUCGAUGAAAUCAUACGACAAGGACACAAAUAGGUGGAUAGAGCAUUGCUCUGGCUAUGUGAUAGUAGAGUAUAUGUUUGUGCAAAAUUCAAUCGUUAGCGCAAGCGGAGCUGUUGGCACUGGCACGUCCGGCGCAGAGCAGCUUUUUGAUUUAAGAGAACGAUGCUCUCAAGAAGUCGACCUGGACCAGUUUUACCGGAAGUUGGAUUCUAUGGGAGUUGAAUUCGGUCCACUGCUGCGGAACCUCAGGAACAUCCGAGUAUCAAAGAACUCAGAAGAAUGUGAAGGGUUAGUGACAGUUCCCGGUGUUGCCGACUAUAUGCCGAUGGGAUACCUCCAGCCUCAUACUGUUCACCCAGUUACCAUGGAGAGCAUGACUCAUAUUCUAUUAUUGAUCUGCACGCCUGAUACUGACUCUGUCGGAUCGGAAAUGUUAGCGACAUAUAUGGAAGAGGUCUGGCUCUCUGCAGAUAUUUGUAAUUUGCCCGGGCGUUCAUUCCAGAGUUUCGGAUCGACUGAACGGGUUUCACGGAUUAAAUGGAAGUCGAAUGUCAGGGUAUGGGAUGAUGAGAUGAGAGAAGAGCAGAUUUUCUUCAAAGGAAUACACCUCCAACUCUUAUCGAACAAAUUGAACGAUGGGCUAGAACAAGUCCAAUGUUACAGCGCCUGUUGGCACCUGAGCACUGAUCUGCUUACAACGGCCACAGCACUCCAGGAUACGACGCAAAGAAAGCUUGCUGGGGAAGAACUCCGGAAAGUUCAUGAAAAGUAUCAACUCAUAACAGCCCUUAUGAUAUCAAAGGCUUUGGAUGAAUCGAAGUCCCUUGAUCUUCAAGAACUGCAUCCUCACCAUCGCAAAAUGCACACAUGGAUGCAAUCUGAGUCCGCAAGGAUUGCAAGAGACAUAGACCCGCUUUGUGAAAUGAAAAUAUUAGAAAGUUUGAAAACCGACCGAAAAUCCAGAGAAGCACUCUAUGACGAGGUCAGCAUGGCUAGUCCGCGUGGCGAGCUUCUCGUCCGUAUUGGCGAAAACAUCAUUCCGAUUUUCAAGAAGGAAGUCAACCCUUUGGAGCUCAUGUUCGGUGAAACCAAUUUGAUGCCUCGAACUUACGACCAGGGGUUUCCUGGUAGUAUCAAGCCGCUACUCGCAAAAUAUCUUGAAGCUCUUAGUUUCAACCGUCCGAAUUUACGUAUAAUGGAAGUAGGAGCAGGAACAGGCAGUGCAACCGAAGUGAUCCUAGAGGUCCUUGGAUCCAGAACAACUGCAGACCUUGCGAGCAUAGGUCGGUACCAUUUCACGGAUUUAUCAGGUGGAUUUCUUGAACGCGCAAGGAAACGGUUUAGUAAAUGGUCCAGCCUUAUGGAGUACGACAUCUUGGAUAUUGAGCGUGACCCUGCGGCUCAAGGGUUUCAGGCGGAGUCGUACGACGUUGUAGUAGCAACCCAUGUACUUCAUGCGACUGCAGACCUGCAGAGAACACUGGCCAACGUCAGAUCUCUUUUGAAGCCGGGCGGCAAACUGCUAUUGAUUGAAAACAUGCAGCCUGACCUCCGGUGUACUCCAUUCGCAUUUGGUGUAUUGCCUGGCUGGUGGACGAGUAUCGAACCUGACCGGGCGUUGAAUCCCCUGAUUCGAGAAGAUCGAUGGAAUGAAAUACUUGGAAAAUCAGGUUUUACAAGCACUAAUCUUAUUCUAAGAGACACUGAGGACAACAGCGCACACGAGAUUAGUGUAGUGGUCUCCACGGCGAUGAAAUCUGAGUUUGACGCAAAAACUUGCGGUUUUGAGUCCAUCCUCGCCGUUUGCGGUUCGGAUACCCAACUUAACAGUGAACUGGUUGUGUCACUGGUACAGAGGUUUCAUCAACACUCUGUAGAACUGCAAACAUGCAACUACCAUAAUCUUCGGAACAUGGAUCUUCGGAACACCCUUGCUCUUGUCCUACUAGAUUUGAAUUCAUUCGAUAUCUCCAAUCUCACAGAGGAUAUUCAUCUUUUGUCGGACAAAAUUGUGGAGUUCUACUGUCACAACUUUGACCCUCGACUUGGCCUCGAGAGGAAUGGGGAGUUCAUGUUCCAAAAUGAUUCCUUUUGGACAAAUCGACUACUCCAUUCUAAGCGGGUUAACGAUUUUCUGAGCACUAGAUUUACUCAAGAAACUCAUCUUCAACCACUAGGUCAUGGCCUCGAGCGUCCAUUAAAAUCCAUGAUCAGACGGCCUCGGCAGAGUGCCUCGUUGGAAUUCAUCGAAGAUGAAUCACAGCUCUUGCCAGUAAAGCCUACAGAAGUCAAGAUACUUGUACAAGCAUGUGGGCUGAGCUCUCGUGACAUAAUGACUGUCAACGGAGACGCUCCAGGAGACAGUUUAGGUGGUCAAGCAUCUGGUAUAAUCACUGAAGUGGGAGUGGCGGUCACAAGUUUGAAAGUAGGCGAGCGUGUCAUGUUUAUCAAUCCCAGCAGCCAAAAUGGGACCUUGCAGAGUACCUUUCGAACACCGGCGGGUUUUGUUCAGAAGAUACCAGAUGAUGUGGACCACGUCGAAGCUGCAGCAGUCCCGAUUGCAUUUUGCGCUGCAUUUCAUGCAUUGCACAAUAUCGCGAAACUUGCGCCUAAAGAGAAAUUACUCAUUCAUUCCGCUGCGAGUAGCGUUGGCCAAGCCGCAAUUCAAUUGGCAAGUCUUAUUGGAGCUGAUAUAUUUGCUACCGUAUCCACGACCCAGAUGAGAGAGCUGUUAAUCAACGAAUAUGGCGUUAAAGAAGAUCAUAUCUUCUUCAGUCGAGAUGUUCUUUUCGAAAAAGGGAUUAUGGAGAUUACAAAAGGUCGUGGUAUCGAUGUAGUUUUGAACCUCUUACAUGGCGAUGCCUUACAAGCAACCUGGAGGUGCAUUGCUCCUUUUGGUAGAUUUAUCGACUUUAGGAGCAAGGAUAUCCUUUCUCUUGGAAAGCUAGAAAUGGGUCCAUUCUCUCGGAACGCGACGUAUACCGGAAUGGAUAUUUCAUCAAUGGGAUACACAAAACCAUCAGCCGUUUACCAAAUAUUCGAGGAAGUGGCCCACCUUUAUCGGAGCCAAAAAAUACGUUGCCCAAGGCCUUUGGCUAGGUUCAGGUAUGCUGAAAUUGAUAAAGCACUGUCUCAGCUUCAAGCUGGUAACCUGGAGGGAAGUCUGGUUGUGGUACCGACGGAGGGAGAUUUGGUACCACAAAAAAUCACGGAGAUGUCUCAUUAUAAUUUUCCUUCUGAUGCCUCCUACAUCCUUGCCGGUGGCCUGGGAGGGCUAGGAAGAAGUAUAGCUAGAUGGAUGGCCUCACGCGGGGCAAAACACUUCAUUUUCAUAUCAAGGUCUGGAGGCCGAAGCGACGCCGCUAGUGCAUUGAUCCAGGAACUUCACAACCAGAGUUGCCAAGUCAAAGUGGUCGACUCUUUGUUUGCCAACAUGACUUACGCGCAGUUUAAUGCAGCCAUCAAACCCAAAGUUCAAGGAUCUUUGAAUCUCAUUGAAGCGCUUCCACGAUCCAUCGACUUCUUCAUUUGUCUCUCAUCAGCUGCUGCCGUUGUUGGCAACCGAGGACAAGCAAACUACGUAGCCGCGAAUACAUUCCAGGACGCGCUUGCUGAACAUCUGGUCCUGACUGGCCUUCCCGGACUAUCUAUCAACCUGGGUAGCGUCCUUACCGUCGGAUGGGUGGCUGAGAACCAGCAGAAUUUACCGAUCAGUGCGGCUUUUGGCACCCUCAGUGAAGAAGAACUGCUUUCAGUCAUAGAGUAUCACAUUGAUCCCCGUAUGAAAGCAGCAGCCUCCGUCGAUACGUGCCACACAGUUGCUGGGCUCCGCUCAUCUGCAUACUUCGUUCAGCGUGGCCUGCCACCACCGGCGUUCAUGCAAUUUCCAUUCUUUUCCCAUUUACUUCCAUCAGCAGGCGUCCAUAACACUGAUGGAGAGAAAGAGAUAGAUUUUCCGAUUAAUGAUUUGCUGAAAACUGCAGACUCUUUACAAACUGCAGGAGACGCAGUUUCUAAAGCAAUUGGGUGGAAACUAUCACGGGUGAUGUCUAUCCCAACGGAAGACAUUGACCUAGACCGCUCACUGACCUCUUAUGGAGUGGACUCUCUUGUGACCGUGGAUUUCAGAACCUGGAUCAUGAAGGAUAUGGCUGCCAUUGUGCAGGCAUCAGACAUAUUGAGCGAGAAGAGUAUGUUGCAACUAGGGACUGAAAUUGCCAAAUUGAGCAGCUUGGUUCCCAAAGAGUGAAGUGGCAGAGAAAUUAUUGCAGUGCUCUCGGCGAAUAGCUCGUAGAGCCUCACGGUAGAUCCUACGCUUCAGGGCUGGCUAUGCAGAUUUUGCCCAGAGAUUUCUUGAACAGUACUUGAAUAAAAUAAGGUUGAAUGUUGUUGACUGAUAGGAAUGACGGGGAAAUAUGAUUGAGUGUAACGAGUUCCACCUGUUAGAUGAUAGCAGUUGUUAGCCGAAAGCUCAGAAGUCAGGGGAUCCAAUGCAUGUGACACGAAUUACUGUCUCGGCACGCCCAACGAGCCAUUCCGGCCAACGAGCCACCCCAACGAUAAGUUGACGAUAGAAAAAUGAAGCUGUAGACGCCCACACAAA